AUGGGUGGCGGACGCGCCACCGUGCAGGUGUCGAACAUCCCGCUGACGGCAGUCGCACAGGAGCUCUUUGAGUUCUUCGACGCCGCCGUGGGCUCCGUCUUCGCCUGCGAGAUCGCCACCGCCCGCCGCAAUUGGAAGUCCCGGGGCUUUGGCCGCGUCCAGUUCGACUCCCUCGGCGCCGCCGAGAGGGCCUGCCGCCUUGCCGACCGAUGCGACCUCCCCGACUUCCAAGGCGCCCGCCUCGCCAUCCUCCGCUCCAAGGAGGACAUAAUCGUCAGGGCCACCGAGGCCCGGAACCGCGUCGAGGGCGCCGCGCUCCACGCGGGGAUCCUGGUGACCGAGCGGUGCAUGGAGGUGUUCGGUUCGUGGUUUCGCGUGAGGGCCGAGAUCAUGCCUGAGAGGGAGAAAUUGGAGCUUUUCUUGGAGGAUGGCGGGGUGAGGUACAAGCUGGAGGUCACGUUUGGCGACAUUCUUGCCACCUUCGGGUGUCGAUUAGCUGGACGGGGGACAGAUGCCAUUCUAUGGCAGCUCCACUAUGCACCAAAAAUCUAUAAAAGAAUUUCUGGCCCUACGGUUAGUUCAAAAUUUAGCAAUGAUCGUUACCAUGCCUGUAAAGAAGACUUCCAGUUCCUGUGGGUUCGCGCACCAGAUUUUUCAUCAAAUAGCUCUAUUGGGAGGUCUUGUUAUCUAUGUUUGGAACUUGUGGAAGGAUUGUCAGGUUCAGAAAUUCAAAAGAAAUUGCCAUUUCUAGGAGAACUUGGUGAAUUAGCCCUCUUAAUGGGGCAACUAUAUUAUGCUCCAUCAAAAUUAGUUCCUAUAAUAAGUUGCCCACCUGAACAUUCAGUGGCAUAUGAGAUCCUUUUUCAGCUUAAUUCUCUAGUUCACAUGCAAAAAAUCUCUUGUGGGCAAGUCAACAAUGAUUUGUUUGACAUUCUCAGAGGACUAUCUUUAGAUACAACUAUGAAAAUCCUUACAAAGAUGCAUAAGUUGAAGUCAACUUGCUAUGAGCCAGUGCAAUUCAUCAAAAAUCAGUUGGCUAGCAUGAGAAAAAAUCGAAAUGCUUCAUCACCCAUCAAAAGCACUCCUGCAGAAAACAUAAUGAGCUGUCAUAGGGUUCUUGUUACUCCAUCAAAAGUUUACUUUUUAGGUCCUGAACUUGAAACCUCCAAUUAUGUCAUAAGGCAUUAUUCUGAAUAUGCUUCUGACUUCAUUAGGGUUUCCUUUGUUGAGGAAGACUGGGGCAAGCUUUCCUUUGAUGCAAUUUCAACAAGUAUUGAGCAAGGGGUGUUUUCUAAACCCUACAGAACUGGGAUAUAUAAUCGUAUAUUAUCAAUUCUCAAAGAUGGGAUUGUGAUUGGUUCAAAGAAAUUUGAGUUUCUGGUAUUUUCUGCUAGUCAACUUCGUUCAAAUUCUAUUUGGAUGUUUGCUUCUAAUGAUAAGGUGACUGCAGAGAGCAUUAGAGAAUGGAUGGGUCAUUUUAACAAAAUCCAUAGUGUAUCUAAAUGUGCAGCAAGAAUGGGUCAGUUAUUCAGUUCCUCUUUGCAAACAAUAGAUGUUCCAUUUCGGGAUGUGAAGAAAAUUUCAGAUAUUACAGUCACUACUGAUGGCAUACCAUAUUGCUUUUCAGAUGGUAUUGGAAAAAUAUCUUUAUCAUUUGCCAGGCAAGUUGCUCAGAAGUGUGGCUUGAGUCAUACUCCUUCAGCUUUCCAAAUUAGAUAUGGUGGCUACAAAGGAGUUAUAGCUGUUGACCGCACUUCCUUUCAGAAGCUCUCAUUACGUCCUAGCAUGCUGAAGUUUGAGUCAGAGAACACCAUGCUCUGUGUCACUAAAUGGAGUGAAUAUCUGCCGUGCUAUCUGAAUCGUGAAAUUAUAUGUCUCCUCUCCACAUUGGGGGUGGAGGAUGAAGUAUUUGAAUUAAUGCAACAUGAUCAAAUGAGUCUUUUAGAUGAAAUGCUAACCAACAGAGAAAUCACUUUGAGAAUGUUGGACAAAAUGGCUUUUCCUGAUGCCAGAACAGUUGUAAAGAUGUUGAUGCAAGGUUAUGAACCAAAUUCAGAGCCUUAUCUGUUAAUGAUGCUUAAAGCCUACCGGGAAUAUCAGUUAUCUGAUAUAAGAAGUAAAUGCCGGAUCUUUGUUCCAAAAGGCCGGGUCCUCCUUGGAUGCUUAGAUGAAACAGGCUCAUUAGAUUAUGGACAGGUUUAUGUCAAAAUAACUAUGACAAAGGAAGAGCUACAAGAUACAAAUCAAACUUUCUUUGACAAGGUUGACCAAACAGCAGCAGCAGUAAUUCAAAAGGUCGUGGUCACAAGAAAUCCCUGCCUCCACCCUGGUGAUGUUAGAGUACUUCAGGCGGUCUAUAACCCUCAACUGGAUAACAUGGGUUUGGUUGACUGCAUUGUCUUCCCUCAGAGAGGUAGAAGGCCUCAUCCAAGCGAAUGCUCUGGUGGAGAUCUGGAUGGCGAUCUAUAUUUUGUUUGUUGGGAUGAAAAACUUAUCCCACCAAAGACGGAUACACCUAUGGACUACUAUGCUCGAAGGCAACGCCAUACAGAUCAUGAUGUAACACUUGAGGAAAUUCAGAAGUUCUUCGUUGAUUACAUGAUCAACGACACCCUUGGUGUCAUUUCAACUGCCCACUUGGUUUAUGCUGACAGAGAACCAGCCAAAGCUCGGAGCCCCAAAUGUCUUCAGCUAGCAAACCUUCAUUCCAUGGCUGUUGAUUUUGCAAAGACAGGAAGUUCAGCAGAAAUGCCAAGGAUUCUCAGACCAAAAGAGUUCCCAGAUUUUAUGGAAAGAUGGGAUAGGCCGAUGUAUGUCUCCACUGGGAUACUUGGAAAGCUCUACCGUUCAGCCUCCAGUCAUAUAGAGAGGCCAAACACUGACCUUAUGGAUGCUGAAAUGCUCCCUCAAUCUGCAUAUGACUAUGACCUUCAAGUCAGUGGAUUUGAGGCAUUUCUGGAAGUUGCUGAAGAUUACCGUAAUAUGUAUUCUGAGAGGUUGAGCUCAUUAAUGAACUAUUAUGGAGCAGAGCAUGAAGAUGAGAUAUUAACAGGUAAUUUGCGUAGCCGAUCAAUGUAUCUGCAGAGGGAUAAGAAGAAAUACGGGGAAAUGAAGGACCGGAUCUUACUAGGGGUUAAGAGUUUGCACAAGGAGGUUCAAGGAUGGUUCAAACGUAGCUGCGCAGAGAGCGAGUCGUUGAGGAUGGCAUCAGCAUGGUAUCAUGUGACCUACCAUCCGAGCUAUUACUCAGAAAAUAGAUUCCUGAGCUUCCCAUGGAUAUUGAGUGAUGCCUUACUAAGCAUAAAGGCAUCAAAAAGCCAUAAACGGCAAAGAGGAGCAGGCAAUUCUAUGUAAAUUUCAAGAAAUAGAACAGUGCUAGCUUUUAGUGUGUCAAAUGAAGAUCUUUGGUGACUUCAUCACCUCAACAGGUCCUUUUUUUUUUUUUAUGCUCCCUAUGGAUUGGAGUUAGCCCACUCAAAAUGUGCUUCGUAAAAUAGGCCUCCAUCAACUAUGUAAUUCUCUAUUUUUGUCAGUUGGGCCACGGAUGCCAUAAAAUUUCGGGUCCAACUAUCCAAAUAGGCUUGGCAAUAUAUCCCUUCAUUAAAACAA